UAUUGUAUCGUUUUUCUCGAGUCACGCGGAAAGUCACUGGCUGGCGGAUAAUCGGCGGCCGAUAACGAGCGGUUACAUAAAUCGCUAUCAUCGGCGAGGACGACGAGAGGGGUAAUCGUGACUCCAGCACAUUCCACCGGCUAGUUCGUCUUCCGAAUCGCAUCAGUGGUGGGAACACGUCUACUGUCAUCCAUGGCUCAGGCUCUGCAGACCCACGAAGUUAUUCCAGAUGUGGUGGACAAGGUGCCCGCCAGCGUCCUGAACGUUACCUAUCCCAAUAAUCUUGGUGUUGAGAUUGGCAAGGUGCUCACUCCGACACUGGUCAAGGAUCAGCCCACUGUUCAGUGGGACGGAGAGGCAAAUGCGUUCUACACCUUGUGCAUGACUGAUCCCGAUGCUCCAAGCAGACAGAAUCCUAAAUUCCGCGAAUGGCAUCACUGGCUAGUAGGCAAUAUUCCUGGAUCGGAUGUGUCUAAAGGAGAGACUCUGUCUCAGUACAUCGGUUCCGGACCUCCGCAGGGUACAGGCCUUCACCGAUACGUAUUUUUGUUGUACAAACAACCUGGCAAGCUCACUUUCGACGAGAAACGCUUGACCAAUCGAAGCGGUGACAACCGCGGCAAGUUCUCCAUCAGGAAAUUCGCUGCCAAAUACAAACUCGGCGAUCCGAUUGCCGGUAACAUGUAUCAGGCGGAGUACGACGACUACGUGCCGAUUCUCUAUAAGCAACUCGAGGGUUGAUUUUUUACAAUGCAUACAAUAACAUUUACGAUGGUACACAUGUUUACGCCUAGCGAUGUAUAUCCAACUAUUUGUUGAAUAAAUACGCAUGAUACUGUUCCACUGUAUUAUAGUGUUUGGCCUGUAUCUGUUGUAAUUAAGAAAAUAAUAAAUAGAUUUCUUAUCUCCAA